GCCACUUUUUUUCCGAUUUUCUGGCCUGCCGAGAUUUUUGAAUUGUUCAUAUAGUGUCAGUGGUAUUAAAACGGCCGGUGGGCAUCCAGCGAAAUUUUCCGCUUAACUUGACUAAUAAUUUCCGCUGCUUUCUUUAACGCGCUUCCUUAAAGUGUAGUUGUAGUUAAAAAUAUAUCAUAUAUUGAAAAAUAAAAUAUAGAAAUGGCUGAACAAAAGAAGGCUCCACUUCUCAGGAAAGAGGAAGAUUACGUGAAAGCGUUGGAUGGUUUCUUCACAAAAGAGGACCAGGUUGCGUUGCUGCUCGAUUACGAUGGCACAUUGGCUCCCCUUAGCGAAGAGCUCUCAGCCAUGCCAAAGGAUACUGAGAUAAAUAUCAAGAAAUUAGCKGCUAACGACAAAAUCUUCAUGGUUGUUUUCUCGGGCCGUGAUUUGGCUGAAAUUAAGAACCACUUAAAAUUCCCCAAUGUUACUUAUGCAGGCAAUCACGGUUUGGAAGUUGAGUACCCAUCGGGCAAGAAAUUCAAGAUUGAAAUGCCAGAAGAACUCUUGAAGAAACAUCAGGAACUCGUCAACGAACUUAAAGAAAAGGUGGUUUUGCACGGCGCCUGGGUUGAGGACAAGAAAAUCUCCGUUACAUAUCACUACAAGGGUGUCAAUGACAAACUGAAGACCAAAUUGAUCGAAACUGCCAAGGGUCUGAUUCAAGGACAUGGCUUCCAGYUGAUCGAAACUCCAUACGCUUUGGAGGGCAAACCACGCGUCAACUGGGACAAAGGUGAGGGCGCCAAAAUGAUUUUGGAGAAACACUUCGAAGCCGAUUGGGCCAAGAAACUGAAGAUCAUUUAUGCGGGUGACGACACCACCGAUGAGGAUGCCAUCAAAGUACUCCAUGGCUUGGGCAAAACUUUCCGCGUCUCUGAGCUGCCAACACUGAAGACUUAUGCCAAUUAUCAAAUCAAAACCGUCGAAGAAGUUGGCUGGCUACUGAAAGCCAUUCAAUCGGUCUAUGAGGUCAAGAAGAAAUAAACAUAGAAGUCAAUAUUUAAAAUUCCAACAAACAAACAAAAAAAAA